AUGGUCCACUGUGCCGGGUGCGAGAGGCCUAUACUGGACAGGUUUCUCCUCAAUGUUCUGGACAGAGCGUGGCACGUCAAGUGCGUACAGUGUUGCGAGUGUAAAUGCAAUUUAACAGAGAAAUGCUUUUCUCGAGAGGGGAAACUAUACUGCAAAAACGACUUCUUUAGGAGGUUCGGGACAAAGUGCGCGGGCUGUUCUCAGGGCAUCUCCCCGAACGACUUGGUCCGGAGGGCAAGGAGCAAAGUGUUUCAUCUCAACUGCUUCACCUGCAUGAUGUGUAACAAACAGCUGUCCACGGGAGAGGAGCUCUACAUCAUAGACGAAAACAAAUUUGUCUGCAAAGAAGAUUAUCUAACCCAUAGCAAUGGGAAAGACACAAAUCUUCUCUCAGUAACAGCAUGUAGCGAUCCAAGUUUAUCGCCAGAUUCUCAAGACCAGUUACAGGACGAUGUAAAGGACACUGAAAUAGCCAAUUUGUCGGACAAAGAAACGGGUAGUAAUGAGAACGAUGGCGAAAACCUUGGCGGUAAACGACGUGGACCGCGAACCACCAUCAAAGCAAAGCAACUGGAGACCCUGAAAGCGGCCUUCGCUGCCACCCCCAAACCCACAAGACACAUCAGGGAGCAGCUCGCGCAGGAGACGGGGCUGAACAUGAGAGUAAUUCAGGUAUGGUUUCAGAACCGGCGGUCUAAAGAGCGACGGAUGAAGCAAUUGAGCGCCCUGGGCGCGAGACGGCACGCGUUCUUCCGGAGCCCGAGGAGAAUGAGAACGCUAGUGGACCGGCUGGAACCAGGGGAAUUAAUUCCAAACGGUCCUUUCUCUUACUACGGAGAUUAUCAGAGCGAGUACUACGGUCCAGGAGGGAACUACGACUUCUUUCCUCAGGGGCCUCCAUCGUCGCAGGCACAGACCCCCAUAGACCUCCCCUUUGUGCCCUCCUCAGGCCCCACAGGCACCCCUCUAGGUGGUAUGGACCAUCCCCUGCCCGGGCACCACCCCUCCAGUGAGGUGCAGCGCUAUUCUGACAUCAUGUCCCACCACCCUGGGGACUCACCCAGCCCGGAGCCAGGCAUCCCGGGGCCCAUGCACAGCAUCUCCUCUGAGGUGUACGGCCCCAGCCCACCCUUUACCUCACUAUCCCUCAAUGGCAGCGGAUACGGCAACCACCUGUCCCAUGCACCCUCGGAAAUGAAUGAGGGCACCGUCUGGUAG